CAACUGGUCAGAGUUUGUGCUACACCUUCAGCUGUUGCCUGGUCUGUAAUGCACCUGCCACGGCAGCAACGCAGCGAUGGAGUGCUGCUGCAAAUUAAUAUAAGCUCUCGGAAGACCGCAAUUUGGAGAGAGAAGGAGAAAGACAAACUGAGGUAAAGACGGAUAAAUAGGAAGAUAGGGAAACGGUGAGUGACAAGGGUAAGCAGAAACAUAUGGUUUGUCUGAAGAGCGGCUGUUUCUGAGGACUGCUGAACCGGGCUGAAACUUGUCCAAUCACCGUGAUCAACUGAAAGGCACAUUUGAUUCGUCCAUCUCAUUUUACACUUCUUCUUUGCCUUAUCUGUGCGUGCUCUCACCUGUGUGAGGCUGUUGCUUACACCUCUGUGUGAUUACUAGUUUGUGCGGGGUGGAUUGCGGCUGUUGCACCUCCCUGAACGCGCACACGCACGCACACACUGAACAUCACAAGACGCGGUGCAGCCUACAAAAGCUUCCUGCAAGGAGGAAAUUGAAUUAGACAAGUUAUUCCCACAGAAGAAGAGGACAAGAGUGGCUGGCUCUCUGCUUCCCUUCAUUUCCCCGGCUCAUAGUGUCUCCUCCGGGCCCACCAGGAGUCGCUUAGACUCCCCAUCCCCCCCCCACCCUCACCCCCGCCUUUCUCUCUCUCUCCCCCUUCCUCCCCCCUUCCCCCCCGGUAACAAGUCAUGUCUGCACAGACUGUUACCAUCCCGGACGACCGGGCGUUCGCCAGCUUCAAGUCGGAGUGUCUAUGCGAGGAGGGCUGGAGUAUGAGCUACAGCAAGGGGGGCAUCACGGUGUGGACCCAGGGUCUGGAAGAGGAGAAAUCCGUCCACAAAAUUAAGUGUCGUAUGGUGUGUAAGGACGUGUCAGCUGAGACCAUGUACGACGUUCUCCAUGACAUUGAAUACAGAAGGAAAUGGGACACAAACGUCAGUGAGACCUUCGAUAUCGGGAAACUUACAGUCAAUGCGGAUGUUGGUUACUACUCAUGGAAGUGUCCGAAACCUCUUCGGAACCGCGAUGUCGUCACGCUUCGCUCCUGGCUGCCAAUAGGGAAAGAUUACAUCAUCAUGAACUACUCUGUCAAACAUGCCAAAUACCCUCCUAAAAAGGACGUGGUGAGAGCUGUGUCCAUUCAGACUGGCUACAUGAUCCAGUGCCAGGGACCCAACCAAUGUAUCCUCACUUACAUGGCCCAGGUAGAUCCACGAGGUUCAUUACCUAAGUGGGUUGUCAACAGGUCUUCCCAUUUCCUUGCUCCUCGCGCAAUGAAGAAGAUCAACAAAGCCUGUUUGAAGUAUUCCGAGUGGAAGCAGCGACACAACCCCGGCUUCAAGCCCUGGCUCUACCCCGAACAGAAUACAUUACCCAGCAUCCCACUCUCUGAGCUCAGCAUCCAGCAUGCUGAGAGCCUGGAGAAUAUUGAUGAGAGCUCUGUGGCUGAGACCCAGGAGAGAGAAGACAGCGACUAACACAAACACGCGCGCACACACAUACACAGUAAAGCAGGGCUACAUGCAUCCCUGAUACACAUCCAUUAUUACACAUAUGUAUAUGUGAUUCUAUAUGUAAAUGUGUGUGUGUGUGUGUGUGUGUGUAUACACGCACCAUACACACGUGCAUGUACAUACAGUCGCAUAUGGCACAUGUAGCACAUGUAUGUAAGCCUUCAUGCACAAAGACAGACUCCCACUUGACCAACUCGAUCUCAUACUUACAUACAUAAUGAAUGAACACACGCAUAUCCAAACAUGCAACAUUCACGCACAGAUACACACCCACCCACUUACAAGGGGCAGCAAAACUGCUUAUUUUUACAUGUUAGUAAACUAAUAUUCAUUGUAACCAGAAAAGCGGCUGUAAAUGGGAUUUUUCAUGCUUGUUCAAGGGAUAUCAAAGUUUUCUAAUUGGGACCUAUGCAGAUUAUCAGAGCAAAAUAUAUUUUCAGUAAGAUUUACUGUUAAAAUGUUUACAGACGAACCUGAUAUGAAAAAUGGAUUUCAAAAGUUAUUUCUAUGCCCCAUCUGGUGGGAAAACAUCACAAUGCUAAUGCUCAUGUAUACACUAAAGACAUACCUGUGUACACAUAUGGACACACGCCAUUCAUUGUCUUUCUUCCCAUGUUGUCUCUCUGUCACUCAUGUGCCUCAAUCACAUUUUGUAAGCACAUGAUAAACACGCAAGUGUGCAGAAGGCAGCUGGAACCCUAACCCAACCUGCAACCCUCUCAUACACACACACACAGAUUUUACACUCACACGUACUGUCUGCUCCUCUAUUUGAGAGAUGUAUGAAUGUAUGUAGAGUUUAAAAAAUUAAAUGCAGAUUCCUACAAAGGUUUUCAAAUUUCA